UCAUGGUCCGUAAGGACGAGCCACUGAAAGUGACGGACUUGGAGACGGGCGAAGAGACGACACCGUCCAAACCGGCGGCUAAGAAAGGCGUUUUCAAUCGUUUGGCCUACGGUGGCAAACGAGCCGCACCCAAAAUAGACGAAGAAAAGGACGUUCGAGUGCCGGACGUGAGUAAAGCGGAGACGAGUAAAACGGGACGGAUGGCCGGCAAACCGGCGAGUGGCAACGUCGCUAAAAGUGGUCCCAAUAAAAACGCUAAAUCGACGGCCGCCGAUGGCCAACAGCCGGCACCUGCUGGCGGUGCAAGUGUUUUCGAACGGCUAACGAGCGGCGAACGGCUCUAUCGGACCACAACGCAAACCGGUAGGAAACCGGCGGGCAGACGGGCAGAACAGGCGGUCGGUGUUACUCAAGAGCUCGGUAAGGAAAAUUCGUUAUUGAAAGCGGCCAACGAUGGAUCGCAAGCGCCGGACGAGAUGCUCGGCAACGGAUCUCAUAAACGAGAGGAGACGGCGGACGAAUCGGAAGAGGAAGAUGAUCCAGUCAUUCAAAUUUCGCUGAUUCAACCUCCGGUUAAGAUCCGCUCACCUCGACCUGUUGUUAAAAAAUCGGCCCGUCUUCUAUUCUCUCAGCGAGAGCAGCUCAGCCGCCGGAAAUCCUGGAGACUCCGGCGGAUACCACUCGCAUUGGUGGAGAGGACAUCUCUGGCGAGGGGGGCCUUGCCGAUACUUCCACAAGGUCUUGCUUGGAUGUGUUUAGUAUUGAAUGGCCUCCUUCCUGGAACAGGAACCAUAAUGAGUGGGUUGUUGGGCAUCUGUCUGGGAGCCCCACGAUUCUCUGCCCAAGUGACGGUAGAGCACAGGUUGCUGGCUUUCAUCAUCAACCUGACUGUUGGCAUCUUCCAGGCUUUCACCAUCCUCUUCUGUCUCGUUGGCUGGUGCUGGUCACUCGGCUGGGGCAUCAUCUUAGUCAAAACAGCUGGUUAUUAUAAGAAAUGGAAGGACAAUAGUCAGGACAGUGGGCAGGACGACGUGCCCCAAAUGAACUCGAUUAGCAUCAACAACGUCGAUCCUAGAUAUUGACAUUUGAAAAGCGCGCUCUGUUUUUAAAAAAAAAUGUCAUUUAAAAAAAUAUAUAUUUAUAUUUGUUUGUACGAUGACGAACGUCUGUGUUUAUGAUGACGCAUUCACGUACGUACGGUUGCGCAAGUUCGAAAAGACCGGACACGGGUCCGUACGCCCUUGACCGGAAUUGAGAAGCGAAUGCCAUCUGUCGAUUGUCAACAAUAGUCCAAUUUCUCUUGUGCUGAUAGCAAAACCUCGAUUGACCCAAAACUGCCUUGUUCAACAAGAAAAAAAGGAGAGACGAUUUACGUUUUCUGUUCCCUAUUGUUAGCACCUCAUUUUUUUUUUUUUUGGAAUUGUUUGGAACGGCAUAAAAUAUUGUCUUGAAUGAUGGAGGGUGACUCUUCGCAUUUUUAAUGGACGCACAAAAGAAUAAAAAAAAAAAUGGGUCGAAUGGAUGCGCUCCGUGUUUCGUGUCACGCAGAGCCAUAAGUCAAUUGGGACGGCCUCAUUGGCUAUUUGAAAACCGCCACAACACGCCAUCAGGAGAACCUCAAAACUUUUGUGCAAUCAAAUUGGUCAAUUUCGGGAUACAGUUGGACUAGCGCCCAUUCGACUCGGCCAACAAGAAAACCCAACCUCAUAUUUGAUCUUCCUCGUUACAAUACCGUGAUAAUUGGCAACUGUUAUGCACCGUCGGAUCAGUCCGCUCGCCAAAUGCGCAUCCUACCGUGUCGGC